CCCCCGAGCGCAGGAAACGCGGCGCCGCCGGGUCCCGCGCGGCCUCCGUAGGGACCCCGUUGCCAUGGCUCCCAAGAGCCGAUGUGGACGCGCAGAGACAGAACUGGGAAACGUGAGGGGAGUCCUGGAGGGUGUGAGUUCGGCUUCCGAGGCCCACGGACAGGACAGGCGCCAUGGGCCGCAUCACAGAAGACCUUAUUAGACGGAAUGCUGAGCACAACGAGUGUGUAAUUUUUUCCCUGGAGGAGCUCUCCUUGCAUCAGCAAGAAAUAGAAAGACUAGAACAUAUUGACAAAUGGUGCCGGGAGUUAAAAAUCCUCUACCUUCAAAACAAUCUAAUUGGGAAAAUUGAAAAUGUGAGCAAACUCAAGAAACUUGAAUAUUUGAAUUUAGCUUUAAACAACAUUGAAAAAAUUGAAAAUUUGGAAGGAUGCGAAGGGCUGACAAAACUUGACUUGACCGUAAAUUUCAUUGGCGAGCUGAGCAGCAUUAAAACCCUUCAGCACAAUAUCCACCUGAAGGAGAUUUUUCUCAUGGGAAACCCAUGUGCGGACUUUGAGGGCUACCGGCCAUUUGUGGUGGCCACUCUUCAACAAUUAAAGUGGUUGGACGGUAAAGAAAUAGAACGUUCAGAAAGGAUUCAGGCGUUACAGAACUUUCCAGUAAUUGAACGACAGAUCAGAGAGCAGGAGAAAGCUUACUGCCUCAGACGAGCCAAGGACAAGGAAGAGGCUCAGAGGAAACUGCAGGAAGAGCAGGAAAACAAAGAAAAGAAAAGUCGUCCAGGCUUUGAUGGACGUUGGUACACUGACAUCGCUGCUACUCUCCCAUCUUCUGUAGAAAGCAAAGACCACCUCCAGGCACCAGCAAUACAAGAAGGGGAAUAUACCAAAAAGGAAUUAGAUGAGUGCGAAGAUGACCUGGAAUUCUGGAACAAACCCUCUUUGUUUACUCCUGAAUCGAGAAUGGAAACUCUUAGACAUAUUGAAAAACAACGGAAAGACCAAGAAAAAUUAAGGGGAAAAAAGAAGAAAGUGAAACUGCCCAGGACACUGAUUACUGAAGAUGGGAAAGCUCUGAACGUAAAUGAACCCAAACUUGACUUCUCCUUGAAAGAUGAUGAAAAACGUAACCAGAUCAUCCUGGACCUUGCUGUGUAUAGGUAUAUGGAUACCUCUUUAAUUGAUGUUGAUGUGCAGCCGACUUAUGUGCGAGUGAUGGUCAAAGGAAAGCCAUUUCAGCUUGUCCUUCCCGCGGAAGUGAAACCUGACAGCAGCUCUGUGAAAAGAUCUCAGACAACUGGGCAUUUGCUAAUCUGCAUGCCCAAGGUAGGAGAAGUAAUCACAGGUGGCCAACGAGCAUCCAAGCCUAUGAAAAGUACGUCGGACAGCAGCAUGGAGCAAACAAACAAAAGAAGCCAGCAAGUUGAGAGACUAGAAGUGGACCCUAGCAAGCAUUCCUUCCCUGAUGUGGCUAACAUAGUGCAGGGGGCAAAACACAUGCCCAGAAGAGUCCGAUCUGAACCCACAAUUACACCAAGUGAGGACGACCCAGACUUUGAAGAUAACCCCGAAGUGCCCCCCUUGAUCUGAAACGUCGGCUGCAGUGACUGACCCGCCAGAUCCAGUUUUGCUCAGUGUGGAGAGUGAUAUGCAUACAUAUCAUUUAGGGGGAAACACCAAGUUAUUUGUCAGUAGCACCACUCAGUGUUUUAGCUCUUACUCGCUCCAGUAAUAUGCUUAAGCUACUUUAAAAUUAAAAAGUGUGCCUUAAGUACGCUGUAACUCAUGUGUCUAGAAUAAAGGGUUGGCUCGUGAAAUGGUCAAUAAAUCGUAGGACUAACCUAAUGCAGUUCUCCCUUAAACAGGCAAAAACAGUGCUGUUGUGGACUGAUUGUUUGUGUCCCCCUCAGCCCCAAGUCAUGGGCUGAAGCCCUAACCCUGCAUGUGAUGGUAUUAGGAGGUGAGGACUUCGGGAGGUGAUUAGGUUUUAGAUGGGCUCAUGAGGAUGGGGCCCCCAGGGAGGGAUUAGCGUCCUUAGAAGAGGAAGAGAGACCACAGCGCCCGUCCUUCCUUCCCCCUCCCUCCCCUCUCGUAUUCCCCGCCUCAACCCCUGUGAGGACUCAACAAGAAGGCGGCCGUCUGCAAGCCAGGAAGAGGCCCUCACUAGGAACCGAAUCAGCCAGAACUUGACCUUGGACUUCCAGCCUCCAGGACUGUGAGAAAGGAAUGUCUGUCGUUUCAGCUCCCAAGUCUAUGGUAUUUUGUUAGAGCAGCCUGAGCUGGCUAAGACACUGUCCGCUCCUCAGACAGGACACGCAGAGUCCUACGUGUCACCUUAUCUAUCUUUGGCUGAUGGCUAUUCCUCUUCUGGAGCAGUCACACCUAAACGUUGUGGGAUCUGCCUAAACCCUCCCCCAGAUGCUGAGCAGGGUCACCCAUGACGAAGAAAGAGCAAAAGCAGAGUGGCAGACGAAGAUAUGUUGAGUUUUGAUUCUGGCUGCAAGAUGAACAUUCAACAUUAAAUUUACGCCAAUAAUACUCUGUGCCCUUGGAAUCUGGUGCUGUCUGCGUUUUCCAGAUGCCCCCUGCCUCACUGACCCUUUGCACUCUGCCUUUGCUCACUUCUGACGUGGAGAAGGCUCCUUGCUCACGCCCCCACGUCAGCACCAUCAGGGGCAGGAGACACCUCACCUUCCUAGUCCCUAGAAGAGAGGAAAUCUCACGGGCUGUGAUGUCAUCUUCUGUUCCCAAUGCCCAAACACUCUCCAGUCUGGGCAUUUUUCCUCCUGCUUUUCAAGUUUUUCUUGAGCAGCACGAUGGCCCAUCAUGUCCCU